CUUCUACAAUUCACAAUGUCAUAUACCAAACUUAAAAGCUAUGCUGUUCCGGCAGUGGCAGAAAUCCUACCUUUGGACAAUGACUCCUGUCAAGAGAUGAUUUCAUAUACAUUGACAUUGCCAAAUAACGAGAUUCAAUCACAUUUUCUAAACUUAUUAGGGGAAAGUGAAGCUACUUUUAACUUCAUUGCAACCUUCAUGGAGCUUAAAAGCCAAGGGGAUGAACAAGCCUCUAAGAAAUCAGAAAAAACAGAGAAAUCAGCUGCUAAACGCAUCAGCAAGAAAGAAAACCCUCAGUCUAUAAUACCUUCAAACCCUAAAGUAAAAACCCCGGCAUGGCAAUCACCCGAAGAAUCAAAACCUCCUAAACAACUGAAAGGCAGAUUGGAUCACAAUAAGUCAGCCACGACCUCAGAACUCAUUGAUCUAAAGCCUUCAAAUCAAUUGACCACUCAACAAGCGAAGAAAUCCAAAAAGAAAAAUUUGGAUAGUCUCAAAGAUAUUGAAUGGGCAUUAAAUGAAUUAGAGGUUUCGGCGCAGGAAUAUGACUUGGAUAGUUCGAAUUAUAUCAAACGCUCGUGUAACUGCAUGGCAACAAGACAUCCAUUAUUUGAAGUUGCACCUAACUGUUUGAACUGUGGUAAGAUCAUCUGCUCAAAAGAAGGCCUUCAACCUUGUUCUUUCUGUGGUAAAGAUUUAUUGUCUUUCAAAGAUAAAGAAGAGAUAAUCAAGAUCCUUAAAGCUGAAAAGGAAAACUUGGAUGUGAAGCAAGAUAAUAUUAGAAACAAAAGUAUUCAAGAACAAGAAGGACCAUCAAAAGAGAAGGCAAAGAAAAUUAAGAUUAGUGUCAAGCCAGGUGAAAACCUUUGGCAAGCUCAAGAUAGAGCUUUAAAGAAAGCAGAUGAAGAAAAGAAAAAACUACAAGAACUUAUAGAAAAACGAGAAAAAGAGCAAAAGGAAAUUGAAGAACAAGAAAUUGAAUUAAAACAAUAUGAAAAGACCAAAAAUGUUGAUCCUGAACUAUUGAAGGCACAAGAGCGUUUAGAAACUUUACUUAAUUUUCAGGCUACUGGUGCAGAAAGAACUAAGAUCAUUGACCGAGCUUCUGAUUAUGAGAUGCCUAGUUCGAAUAAUCAAAUCAGCUGGUUGAGCCCAGCUGAACGUGCUUUACGUCUUAAGAAACAACAGAAACAACUUCGUAAAUAUGAGGAUGAAGUAAAAUCUAGAAGUGGAAGGGGUAAAAAAGUGGUUGAAAUGGUUAUUAAAGAUGGUAAAGUAAAUAUGGUUGAAAGAACGAUAAAUACAGCAGAUGAUCCAGAAAAUGAUAAGGAAAUGGAAUCAUUAAAGAAUGAAAUAAAAGAAUCAAAACUACAAUCAGAAGCAAAUCUAUCAAGGAAUGUCUGGGAUUAUAAAAAUGAUAACAAAUGGGAGAAACCAGUUUAU